AUGGAAAUUAACAAUAAACCGGCAUACGAAAUAAAAGAGGAGAAAUUGAUAAAUCAUAGUUUAGGGGACAGAACGCUGCAUAUCUCACAGGACUUGAAGGGUGAUGAUACCACAGGUAGCACACUUUGGUUGAGCGCACAGUUGCUAUCAGCGUAUAUUGAGCAAUCAGGUAUAAAAGACAGAUUAAAAAAUGGUAAAAGAAGGUGCUUGGAACUUGGCAGCGGCGUAGGAUUGGUCGGGCUAGCACUUGCAAAUAACAAAUCCAAUGAGGUGCUUUUAACAGAUGUUAGCAAGGUUGUUGAUCGCGUACUUUUGCCAAAUGUAAAGUCAAACGAUUAUUCAAACACUCAAGUCGGUGUUUUGGAUUGGUCCACAGAACCAGAAGCCAUAGAUUGGAAGGCAAUAAGGUGCUUCAUAAGAAUUUCAGAUAUGCAAUGGCUUACAGAGCGCAGACAGAUAGACAGAGGUGAACAUGUACUGAGACCACCAUUUGAUUUGAUAGUAACAACGGAUACCUUGUACGAGCGUACACUAACGCCUCAACUGCUCAAGCAUAUCAGCUACCAUCUCAAUCAAUCCGGCCACAGCAAGGCACUAAUUGGAUUGGAAAGGCGAGAUUCAGCACUGAUAGAUGAAGCCCUGUCAAUGAUUACUGGCAUGGGUUUGAAAUUGCAGCAAAUUCCUCAGCAAUCCUUGUCAAAGGCUGUGAGAGAUGAGUAUGGAUGGCAAGAUGAUGAAAUUUGGUCUGGGUGUGAAUUGUAUAAACUUAGCAAGUCGAAUAGAAAGACUAAAAGUUGA